CCAGGGCUGCUCGUGGGGGUGCCGGGCAUGGUCCAAGGGCUGCAGCAGGCACACCAGUUACACGGCAGACUCCCGUGGUCUGAGCUGCUGGGCCUCGCCGCCAGCGUCGCCCAGGAUGGGUUUAAUGUCACACACGAUUUGGCCCAAGCCGUGAGUGAGCUGAAGGACCUGAACUACUCUGACAAGUUUCGGGAGACCUUCCUGCCAGGGGACCAGCCCUUGCUGCCCGGGGUGUUCGUCAGGCGCCCGGACCUGGCGGCCGUCCUGGAGCUGCUGGGGGCCGAGGGGGCCUCAGCCUUCUACUCUGGAAACCUGACCCAGGAGAUCAUCUCUGAGGUCCGUAACCAUGGGGGGGUCUUGGUGGAGGAAGAUUUCCACAACUACAGUGUCACCGUGGAGGAUCCCAUCCAGACCAUCUAUCGAGGUCACCUUGUUUUCAGUCCCCCCCCUCCACAUGCAGGUCCUGCACUGAUCACAGCACUGAACAUCCUCGAGGGCUUUAACAUCACAAGUCAAGUACCCAGGGGGAACUUCCUGCACUGGAUGGCAGAGACAUUAAAAAUAGCCCUGAGCCUAGCUGGCAACCUGGGAGACCCCUCUGAGGAUGUGUCUGUCACUCACACCGUGGAGGACAUGCUGAGUAAAUCAGAAGCCAACUCCCUGCGCCAGCUGAUUAACGACUCCCAGUCCUUCUCAUCUGAUCUCCACACCCCACACCUCUCCGUGGGCAGUGGUCCUGCUGCCAGCCAGGUCCUUGUCAUGGGGCCCGACGACUUCAUCGUCGCUGUCAUCAGUUCUUUGAAUCGUCCCUUUGGCAGUGGAAUAAUAACACCCUCUGGAGUCCUCCUGAACAGCCAGAUGUUGGACUUCUUCUGGCAAAAUAAAACAAUGAACCACUCCGUUCCCAGGCCGCAGAAUCUCAUUCAGCCUCGGAAGCGGCCCCUGUCCUUCCUGCUGCCCACCAUUGUGAGACCCUCUGAGGGGCUGUGUGGGACCUACCUGUGCCUGGGAGCCAACAAUGGGGACAGAGCCCUUAGCAGCAUCGUGCAGGUUUUGGUAAAUGUUUUAACAUUUAACAAGAAUCUGAGUGAAAGUUUGUCACUUGGUCGACUUCACCCACAGCUUCAGUCCAACGUCGUGGAGAUUGACAGCGAGUUUCCUGAAGAAGAUAUUGAAUUUCUUGUAGCCAGGGGCCAUCAAGUGGAUAAAGUCAAAGUGGUCUCCCUAGUUCACGGGGCCAGAAGAACCAACAGUUUCAUCAUUGGCCUGAAGGACCCCAGGAGUGUGGAUGCAGCUGGCACCACAAUAUUGUAG